UAUUAGCCAAUCAGAGGCAGCGGGGGGGCGGGUCAUACCGGAGUCUGUGCGUGUGAGCAACAUCAAACUGAAAGUAGUAAACCUUUCGGUUGGGUGGAGAAAUUCGCUUAAUAACAACGCAAGGACAGUUCAAGUGACGGGAGAAGAUGUCUCGUAGAUAUGAUUCCCGCACAACCAUAUUUUCUCCUGAAGGACGCCUGUACCAGGUGGAGUAUGCGAUGGAGGCCAUCGGUCACGCUGGCACAUGUCUGGGGAUUCUAGCCAACGAUGGGGUGCUGUUAGCGGCGGAGAGGCGCAACAUCCACAAACUGCUCGACGAGGUUUUCUUCUCAGAGAAGAUCUACAAGCUCAACGAUGAUUUGGCUUGCAGCGUCGCUGGGAUCACAUCAGAUGCUAAUGUGCUGACCAAUGAGCUGCGGCUGAUUGCACAGAGGUACUUGCUGCAGUACCAGGAGCCAAUACCCUGCGAGCAGUUGGUGACAGCGUUGUGUGACAUCAAACAAGCAUACACGCAGUUCGGAGGGAAGAGGCCGUUUGGUGUUUCUCUGCUCUACAUGGGCUGGGACAAGCACUACGGCUUCCAGCUGUACCAGAGUGACCCAAGUGGCAACUACGGGGGCUGGAAGGCCACCUGCAUCGGCAACAACAGCGCGGCGGCCGUGUCCAUGCUGAAGCAGGACUUCAAAGAGGGCGAGAUGAGUCUGUCCUCGGCGCUGGCGUUGGCCGUCAAAGUCCUCAACAAGACGAUGGACGUCAGCAAGCUGUCAGCGGAGAAAGUGGAAAUCGCCACUCUGACACGAGAAGACGGGAAAACCAAAAUCAAAGUGCUGAAGCAGAAGGAGGUCGAGGAACUCAUCAAGAAGCACGAGGCCGAGGAGGCCAAAUCCGAGAAGGAGAAGAAGGAGAAGGAGCAGAGGGAGAAGGACAAAUGAGCAGAGCGAGACUCGUGUCCUUCCCUCCGCUGUUGUUUUGUCUUUUACAUUAAAAGUUUGGAAACUGA